AUGUCGCUGCUUUGCUGUGAUCCACCGCAGGGGCAGUGGAUAGAUGUGUACGGCGACCCAGUACGGCCGCGGCGUACAGGUUUUGAAUGUCCGUUAGACUUAUUGCAGCUCUUCGCUUGGUUAUUCAUCGUGGUCGUAGCUGUGCUGCACUACACUCUGCACGUGCCGUUUUUAGAGCCUGCGUUGUUGAUUGUCGUCGCCAGCGUCUCUAGCGUCUUAUUCACGGUCGUAGUUGCGCUGAAGAUCUCGCUCUCCCUCAGCCGGAUCGAGGAUCCCGUCAUAUUUCGCACAGACUUGCCUCGGCUAGAACAGACUGAACUGACGCAGGAGGCUGCCCCAACUGGCACGGUACCCUGCGUAUUCUGCCGGCGUUUCGUGCGGGCUGAUAGUAAACAUUGUGGAGUAUGUGACAAAUGCGUGCCUGGUUUUGAUCACCAUUGUCGCUGGCUGAAUGCCUGUGUAGGUGAGGGUAACUACAAGGCGUUUUGUGCUUUUAUGGGGACUGCCUGGUGUGGUAUGGCCUUCAUCUUUGCGAUAGGAUUGUACGUCCUGGUUGAUGCCUUUACAGCGAGAGAGAAGUACGAGGACCUCCUACAUCGCCGCUAUCAUGCCAGCCACUACAAGGUCUACCUUGUGUUUCUCUUCAUUCCACUCCUGAUGUGCGCACUAGGCAUCUGCGUCCUUGGACACCUCAUUAUCUUUCAUGUGUACCUCUGUUCCACCCACAAGACGACCUACCAGCACAUGGUAGAUAAACGUGAGAGGAAACGUGAACGCCGGCAUUUAAAGGGUCUUCAGGAACAACUGCAGAGUGGAAAUGGUAAGAAGGGCUUCUGCUCUUGGCUUUCCAUCCGUAAACGUCGCGACUUCAGAAAGUACAAGCGAAGGAAAGUCGUCAACAAAAACGCCUUCCAAGACAACGACAAUAACGGUCCCGUCGUGCCGUUGAGUGUAGCUCCCAACUGGCCUUCAUCGCAGGCCCCGCAGGAACCCUACCCAAACGAUUCCCACUAA